GUUGACGCUGUUAUACCUUCUAUGAAAAAGUCGGAUUUUUUCAGUUGCUGAAAUUAAAUUUUUAAAAAGCCUCAACUGUACUUACUCAAGAGUUGUGCGUGAAAUAUGUGUAUACACUUGUGUGUAUAUUCGUAACAUAUUUAGUAUAGUCUGACUAGUCGGACUAAUUGCAUUAGCUAAACUUCAAAAUAUCGAUUUUUUAGUUUUUAUGAAACGAUAAUUUUGGAAACCAAACCAUUUCUAAACUAUAUUGACGUCUUCAAAUAAUUAUUGUCACAGAUUAUUAUAUAUUUUUUUAAUUUCAUGAAGGGUAUUUUGAAUUCGGUAUAACUGAACGGAAUUGACGUUCCGUUGAUUGUUUGAUUUUUGAUUGAAUGAGAAAUAAAUACUAUGGUCAAUAAAGCAAUUUUGAGUAGAUCGCCAGUUGUUUGUUGGCGUUGAGCAAAUGAGAGCAUUUAGCGUCGCAUUGUAAAUUAAUAAUCAACAACUGUGUAAUUUAGAUUUCUGUUGCGAAUAUUGAGUAUAGAUGUUUGUAUGUGUAUGCCUUUCUGGCUAUGACUUUAAUGACGGCAUCAGAUGGCAAUUGGAGAUACGCUUUAAGUAUUUGCUGUUAGUCGUCUAUUGGUAGAGAUCGUGAACGGUUUAACUGGAAACGUUCCGUAGCGCGCGAAUAAAUAAAGUCAUACAAUUGAAACCCUGCACCUUAUAAACAGAAUACUUAGCCGGUAGUUUCAUGUGGUAUCUACAUAAACACAGACGCCAAGUGAAUUGGAAUAUUAAAAUAUUAAUUGAUUACGAAAAACAAAUGCUUGUACAGUUGUGAUUAAUUUAUUUGCGCAAAUUACUUGAGUACAUAUGUAUGUAUGUACAUACAAAUACUCUGAAGUACGCACUUAUGUGUCUUUUGCGGGGCAUAGACUUUGAACGUGUCAGUAGGUGACGUAUACGCAACGUAUGAUAACCAUAAAUGCGUGCACAUAAAUAUGUAUGUAUGUAUGCGCUCUAUACAAAAAAAAAAUUGCAUAUACAGAGUAAGAGCCGUCAUUAUCAAGUACAUUGUAAAACUAAUUACUUUACAGUUAUAUCGAAAAACGUUCUUGACAUACAUAUGAAUUUGGAAGUACUGAAACUUUGACUGUGACAAAAAAGACAACAAAUUAACCAAAAGCUGUAUCAGCAAAAUAACAAAGUUUAUUGCCAUAGCUGCGGCAGCACAUCAUGCCACCAACGGAAACCACAAAUUAAAGUCAUAGUGAAAACUUCGCAUUUUGUGCACAAGUUGAAACAUAGUUGUAGCAAAGACUACAAAGAGUGAUCAAUCUAGCACGCGUUGUGCGAAAUUCUAGUGAAGUUGUUAACAAUUUGGCAAAGUCAUCAGCAGGUAUAGUUAAGUCAAGCGAACUUUCUGAAGGCCUUUCACACAAAGCGAACAUACGAUUUGCUCGUUUGGCGCACAUGUGGACACGCACACUGCAGUAACACAUACGCACACAACAUCAAGUGUAUCUAUGUACAUCUAGACAUAAUAAACAGAGCAAAGAAUUUAGUUGUUUUGGUCGACUUUUAAUGGUGUGAUUAUUCGGCUGCUACCUGCUCGCAGUUUGGAAAGAUAGUAUAUUUGCGAAAAAUUCGACAAUUUCUUCUGUAUAACAGCCGCCACAAUGAGUUAUGAUGACGUCAUUAAUUAUUUGGGCGAUUUCGGCAAAUAUCAGAAACAAAUUUAUUUUUUACUCUGCCUACCGGCUAUUUCCUGCGCUUUCCACAAGUUAGCUGGUGUAUUCCUUUUGGCGCGCCCAGAAUUUCGUUGCUUACUGCCGUUUGAGAAUCCGUUAAAUGCAACAUAUGACUCUUUUCCACUCGAACAUUGGAAUCUGAGUUAUCCUAUAGACGAUCUAACCGGUAAAUAUCAGAGGUGCGAAUAUUAUAAUACUGACUAUACAACGGACUAUUUGGAGACGGCGACCAUGCCGGCCACAGGCAAUGGCACUGUCAAAUGCAGUCACUACGUCUACGAUCGUUCAAAGUACGAAAAUAGCGCGGUUACCGAGUGGGAUAUGGUGUGUGCACGCGGCUUAUUGACCGCCACAAGUGACAGCCUAUUUAUGCUUGGCGUAUUGUUGGGCAGUAUUGUAUUUGGACAGAUGUCGGAUAAAUAUGGACGCAAACCCAUUUUCUUUGCCUCUCUGGUUAUACAAGUUAUCUUCGGCGUACUGGCUGGUAUUGCUCCUGAGUACUUCACCUAUACCAUAUCACGCAUGGUUGUGGGCGCUACAACGUCCGGUGUCUUUUUGGUCGCAUAUGUCAUCGCUAUGGAAAUGGUGGGCUCGACAUAUCGACUUUUUGCCGGCGUGACCGUACAAAUGUUCUUCUCAGUUGGUUUCAUGUUAACAGCCGGUUUUGCAUAUUUCAUACAUGACUGGCGUUGGCUGCAAAUCGCUCUCAGUUUGCCCGGAUUAUUAUUCAUGUGCUAUCAUUGGGUCAUACCGGAAUCGGCCAGAUGGUUACUCUCUAAAGGUAGGAAAGAGGAGGCAAUCGUAGUUAUUGAGAAGGCGGCACGCAUAAACCGUGUGACCAUACCGAGUGAAGUAUAUGACAAUCUAAUCGAUGAAGCAGCUGAGCGUGAGAAAAAAGAGGAGACUGUAUCUGAAGGCGCAGAUGAAAAGGCACCCACCGUAUUCGAUCUUCUGAAAUAUCCGAAUUUGCGUAAAAAAACACUUGUUAUUCUCUUUGAUUGGUUUGUCAACAGCGGCGUGUACUACGGGCUAUCGUGGAACACAAAUAAUCUUGGUGGCAAUGUUUUACUAAAUUUCAUGAUUUCUGGUGCAGUUGAAAUUCCCGGCUACACAUUUCUCCUAUUUACGCUUAACCGUUGGGGUCGCCGCACAAUACUUUGUGGUUGUAUGCUGGUCGCUGGUGGUGCCCUGUUGCUAACCAUAAUUGUACCUGCAAGCAAUAAUUGGCUUAUAAUAUUGUUUGCCAUGAUUGGCAAGUUGGCCAUUACUGCAUCGUAUGGUACUAUAUACAUUUUCUCGGCGGAACAAUUUCCUACAGUGGUGCGUAACGUUGGUCUAGGCGCAGCGUCAAUGGUAGCUCGUGUCGGAGGCAUCUUGGCGCCAUAUUUAAAUUUAUUGGGUGAAAUAUGGCGUCCUCUGCCAUUGAUCGUGUGUGGCUCUUUGGCAUUCUUUGCGGGGCUCUUGUCUUUGAUGCUGCCGGAGACGCUUAAUAAACCGAUGCCCGAAACGAUUGCCGACGCCGAACAGUUCGGAAAACGUACACGCAAUGCUAAGUUCGCCGAAGCAGGCGGUGAGGAGUUAGCCAGAAUUGUUACACCGGAGCAGAAAAAUCACGUUGCGGAUGGAAAUACAUGAUAAUAUUGCCUAAGUUUUUUAAGCGAAUUUAUUUUAAUAUCAGUAAACCGUUAUCUUAAUAUGGAAACUUCUUAACUGAUACAACAUGUUAAUUCAAUGCGAAUUAUUAUGUUAAGCAAAAAGAUAAAUACAAUAAUUUAGGAAAAGGAUAAUGCAAGCACAAACCGUACUUUGAAUCUUUUCUCGUUAAGGUAACGGUAUACAUACCAUACAUUUAUCAUUAGGAUUACUAUUGUAUAACUCUGGGAAAACGUUUAAAAUAACCAAAGAAUCUUCAAAAAUGUAUUGUUUUAUGUGUUAUGUGAAUAUUAUCGUCGUCGAUAAAAAAUAUGGUUACAUGCAAUUGUACUUUUAUCUAUAAAUUUUCAUAAUUAGAUUUCUAACUAAUGCAUUAUUUUACAUAAAUUACAUUAAUUAGUAAUUACAUUAAUGUUAACUUAAUAUUGCUCUCCAAAAUAAAGAGUUCUGUCUAAAAUUAUUUAUUUUAAUAAAGACAUAACAAUUAUGUUAUCUACUAAACCCCCCGGUUCACUUACAAAUAAUAUAAGUAACAUUUACUGUAACUAACCUCAAUAUUUGCAGUUUUCUCAGAAAAAUUUCUAUAUACUUAUGUACAUUUAUGUGUAUGUAUGUCUCUGCACAGACAAUUUAUUUCACUUGCAUUUAUUAUAUUCUAUAUUAGAUUAAAACAUUCUUAAGUGUAUAAUAUUUAAAAUCUUAUAUAAAUUUAUUCAAGUACCAGAGUAAUACGACACAUAUUUUUAAUAAAAUUAAGUGAAGUUCGAAACUUCGCAUUGAAAAGUUUAUGAAAAACACUGUUAUAACUUGACCAAAAUUAGGAAAACACUUCGGUCAAAAAAACCCUUAACAUAGGGUUUUAACUUAACCAUUACUUCACCUGCUUUUAUAGUAUUCUUAACUCUAUACAUAUUCUACACUCUGUACACUGUAUAUAUUCGAAAAAUGUGUCUGUUUUUUGAUUCCUUCUGAAAAUUUGACCUUUCAUUUCUUAUGAAAAUUCUGACAUCGCCUUAAAUUAAAAACAAAAAUUACGAGUAAAAUUCUAAGCCUUUAAUAUGGAAAAAGAUUGCGAACUGAGACUCGGACCACCUGAGCGGUCACAAAGGAUUGAUGUUAUAAUCGUGGGGGCGGGCAUAUCAGGAUUAGUGACAGCCUAUAGGCUUUUGGAAAAAGAACCCUCAUUACAAAUAAGAAUAUUAGAAGCAAGUGAUACUAUUGGUGGCAGUUUGCAGCAAACACCUCAGGGUGAAAUCGGUGCCAAAUGGUUCGAAGAGUCGCAAGCUCAUGUCUAUCAACUGCUGCAGCGUAUGGAAAUACCACUACAUCAGCGUUCUAUUGUGGAUACAACAUUGCCACGUUGUUGGGAACUCGAUCAAACUGUAUCUUCAAAUUUGGCAAAAUACGAGUUGCAACGUUAUAUAAACGAAUUACAAAUAAAAGCACCUUUCUUUAGACCGGGCCGAUUCAGCAUUAGAAAAAACUCAACAAAAAUGGAUAAACAUAUACACAACCGAUUAUUUUUCAAUGAAUCGCGCAAGUUUAUGACCAAUUUAGUGGAGUUGGUUUGUGGUUCGAAAGCCUCCGAUAUUACUUACAAAGAAUUCAUGAGCCUUUGCUACGGUUGCGGUAGCUUACAAAACAUAAUAAAUAUCUACUUGGACUGUCCGAACACUUUACUGGAGUUCGAUAGUGCUCAUCUACUCAAUGUGCUUACACAGCGGUUGCAAGGCACAGAAUUUCUAGUCUCGCGACAAGUGAAAUCCAUUUGCCAUUAUAAAGACUAUAUUGAAGUGCAUGAUUCAACGCAGAAGGUACACACAACGGAUGUGCUCAUUUUGGCAAUACCAUUGAACUCUCUCCAACAACUCAACUUCUUACCGCCAGUGCCCAUGGAGUUACGUAAAGUAAUGAACAACAAACUGAAGUUGCGCUUAAUGUUAACAAGCUUUAUAGCUGGCUACGGCGAUGCUCAUUGGCGGAAUGCUGGCUAUUCGGGUAGUUUUCUUAAGAAUGAACCAUUUAUAGUGGGUUACGAAUACCGACCCAAUGUUUAUGGCGGUAUGAUGAUACAUGAUAGCGGUUCGGAAUCUUUGGUACGUUCCAUUGCGCUAAAAGCAUUCGCAGAAAAUUUUGGUGAUGCUAUGGAAACACCGUACACCUAUAACCAACAUACAUUUGAGUUGAGUUCAUUAGCACAUGUGCCACUCACGACACCGUGGCAUCGUAUUGUAUGGUCAUCAUCGGCCGCUGCAUCCACCUGCUAUCGCGGCUUCUUAGGUGGUGCGGUGCAAAGUGGGCUGCGUGCGGCAUUGAAUGCUUUACUAUUGGUGCGACCACAGGUGGUGACAUGGACCGAUGUGGCCGAUGUACAUUGUCAAAAUUGUCCGAAUAUUAAAGAUGUGGGCGCAUUGCAAUUAUGGAUGAGUGGACUGAACCUAUAUAAUGUCGGCUAUUAUACCCUUUACGCUUCGAGUGUAAUUUUAGCACUACAGUUUGCCUUUAAGAAGUUUGGUUGAGACUUAUUAUGAACAUAUGGUGUAUACAUAUUUUUGAAAUAAAUAAAUAUACGAAUGGAGGUGUGUAUAUACUAUUGUACCUCUACGUAACUAAAGUCAGAAACCUAA